UCCUCCCAGGAAGUCCCGGGAGCAGAUGAAGCAUUUCGAGGAGGGGGAGAGAGCAGCAUGUGUGCCAGGGCAGCCUGGGCGGCUGGGACAGGCUUUCCCAGCGUAAACCAGCGCAGCCCAGCUUGAUGUCCGUGCCUGCAGGAGGGGGACAGCGGGAGCCGUGGCAUGCUCAGGAGAGCAGGAUCGUCUCUGCGUCACUUCUUGCUGGAGAGGAAGAGCAGUGCUGGAUAUAGCUCGUGCUCCAGAGAGGCAAAAAUGUCAAGGCCAGUUCAAGCUCGGAGGUUGGAGGGAAUAGAUAAGAAUAUCUGGGUGGAGUUUGUGAAACUGGCUGCUACCUAUUCCAAGGUGAACCUGGGCCAGGGCUUCCCUGACUUCCCUGCUCCGGACUUUCUGCAGGAGGCACUGAAGCGAGCCCUCAGCGAGGGGAGCCACAUGCUGCACCAGUACACCCGGGCCUUUGGACACCCGCCUCUGGUGAAGGUCCUAGCCCAGAUUUUUGAGAAGCUGCUUGGACGAGAGCUGGACCCUAUGACCAAUGUGAUGGUGACUGUGGGGGCAUACCAGGCCCUUUUCUGCUGCUUCCAGGCUUUUGUGGAUGAAGGUGAUGAGGUGGUAGUCAUUGAACCCUUCUUUGACUGCUAUGAGUCAAUGGUGAAAAUGGCUGGUGGGACAUCCGUGUUUGUCCCGCUGAGACCGAAAGCUCCAGAAGAUGGAAAAUUGAUGUCUAGUGCAGACUGGCAGCUGGACCCAGCUGAACUGGCUUCUAAAUUCAGUGAAAGGACAAAAGCCAUCGUCCUGAACUCACCCAAUAACCCUCUGGGCAAGGUGUUCAGCCGUGGGGAGCUGGAGCUCAUUGCAGAGCUGUGUGUGAAGCACAACGUCCUGUGCAUCAGCGACGAGGUGUACGAGUGGCUGGUCUACGACGGGAAGGAGCACAUCCGGAUCGCCAGCUUGCCAGGGAUGUGGGAUCGCACGGUGACCAUCGGGAGCGCUGGGAAGACCUUCAGUGCCACUGGAUGGAAGGUGGGAUGGACUGUGGGACCCGACAGGCUGCUGCAGCACGUCCGCACCGUGCACCAAAACUCCGUGUACCACUGUGCCACCAUUGCCCAGGAGGCCGUGGCUCAGGGUUUCCAGAGGGAGCUCACACUCUAUGGCAAACCAGAGAGCUACUUUGUCCAACUGCCCAGGACACUACAGCAGAAGAGAGACUUGCUGAUCCAGAGCCUGGUUGCUGUGGGGAUCAAACCCAUCGUCCCCGAGGGCACCUAUUUCCUGGUGGCUGACAUCUCUGAGUUCAAAUCUGAUGUCCCCGAGGUCCCCAACUCAGAUGAGCCCUAUGACUGCAGAUUUACAAAGUGGAUGAUGAAGAACAAGGGCCUUGCUGCCAUCCCACUCUCCACUUUCUACAGCGAGGCCCACAAGAACAACUACCCCAAUUUCAUCCGGUUCUGCUUCGCAAAGGAGGAUGCUACACUGAAGGCAGCAAAUGACAUAUUGCAAAAAUGGAAAAAGGAGAAAACCAGUUCCUGAGUGCACUGGAGGGAGAACCAGGCUCUCCUUGGUCCUCACCUGCCCUGACUACUCUUCUUCCUCUUCUUUACUUGUCUACAAACUUUGAUACCUUCUUACUUCUGUGCUUUCAACCAUUUUCUGUCAGACAAAUGGGUAAGAGGUUUGCCAGACCCGGAAUCUGCGAACACUUGAAGUCGCUGUGAAAUGGGCGCAGUAACUUGGUGUGCACUGACAGUAUUUGACGUUUCUCUUUACUUUUAAAGACUUUGCUAAUCAGUUCUGGGAUGUAUCCAACAAGACACAAGGUAAGGAGGGCUCCAGGAGUGUUUUCCAUCACCAAAUUCUGGAAAGGUGCUUCAGGACCUACCUUUAAGGCCGUGGUGAGGAGUUAGUCUGGCUCGUCUUGCUCCACAUCCCUCCUCAUGUAAUCCAAAGUGCAGGACAGCAUUUCCACCAGCACUCAUGUUCCCACAGGACUGUACAGUAUCACCAGCUAUCAGGAGGGUGACUCCAUGAUCCUGAAGAUUAUAAAUCCAGUGAGAUGUUUUUUUCCAUAACUAACAAUUUUCCCAUUACUUUUUCCUGUUACUCCCUGGGGAAGGUGACCACAGAAUCCGUAACCGGUUUCCCCCAGAAAACAGCUUUUAUCAGUAUCCUGGCUAUUGCCAAACCUUCCCUGUGCACCCCCAAACUACUCUGGGCUUGGCAGAAUUGUCCGGGGUGCAGAACAAAACCUUUAGGCCUUUGAUCAGAGCACAUGGUGCCUGGGGAGGACAGGCACUGUGGCCUCAGGCUGCUCCUGCUGCUGGUGCCCCCCCCAGCCUCCCACCCACUGGGCUAGUGGGGUGACAUGAGCAGCAUCUGAGAGAGAAUUCUUGCAUCAGUCUUGAUUUCAGCCUGGAUAAGAAUGUAAAACAUCAUCAUCAACCACGCAGGACUUAUGUGCACCAGACUGUGCCACGAGUGUUUGUAGCAGUUAAAUUAUUAAAGUGGAACUACUGCAAUCA